UUUGACAGAUCACUGCAACUUCAAAUCUUAACGAAGGCAACGACAAGCACCGAACAUCUCGUGCUUGACGUUUCCAUUUACAAUUCAAAACCUAAAUUUUCAAGUGUAAUUUUCGUAAAUUACGGUCGAACUUACUGCGAAUAGAAUAAUGCAUUAUUGAUCACGAAGGAGAACGAACUGGCACGACAGCUGCAGCCGGGAUCUAAAUUCGUUAAAGCAAAUCAAUGAUCUAGUCUCUGGUACCGAUGAUUAAUUUACCCUGUAACGCGGCCUCGAUGUCACAGGUCACGCCCUGUCAGAACGUACCCGUGCAGACGAGUCAGUAUAAUUUUCCAACAUGUCAACAACGGCAAACCAGCACUCAGCAGAUGCAAACUGCAGCAUGCGGUCCGUGCUCCGGAACUUCUCAAGGAGGACCUAUCACUCACGUUUAUCCGGACACUUAUAUAGUGACACACCAAUGCGCACCGGGUAUACCGCAGCCAAUAACGAAUCCAUAUCAUCCAGUCUUUCAGAGCUUACCACCGACUCAUCCCGGUUGCGGCCAGUUGCCGCAGAAUAUUCUGGACCAGAUUCGUGCGUGCGUUACCAACGCCGCGCCCAUCUUUAUUCUGCCUGGCAACUAUCAACCAUCGCCGGUAUCCCAACAACAGCAGCAGCAGCAGCAACCACCCAUGCCUCCUUUGGUACCUCAAAUAACAUCCUCGCUUCCAUCGGGUGGAUUAACUUAUCCCGCCGCCUGUUAUCCACCACCGCCGCCGUUCUAUCCCUAUCCCAUGCCUUUGCCGUUCUACGAUCCGUUUAUUCGCACCCGUGAAGCCAUGUCGAAUUGUGGAUGCUGCCAGAGAGGCCAAAGAGGCGAUGUUGACUGGACGGAGAUUAGAAACGUGUUACGCGCCGGAUGUCGUUACGACGCUACCGAUCCAGUCGAGCAUCGUUGCACGCCCAACAUCGAUGAUACUGUCUGCUCGCAAAGGAACUGCCCGGCCUCUCUACAUCUGCAAGCUUUGGCUUCACAGUUCCUAUCAUUGCAAGGCAUCAUAGCUUGUGCUGCCACACGACUGAUUCUACGUAAAGUGCCGGGCUCAAAUGUGACCGCUACAAUGGAGGAAACGAUGAUGAAGGCGCAAAAAGCCAUAAACACCCUAACCAAAGAUCAGCUAUUAUCGGAAUCGAAGAAUGUGCAGCAACUAAAUACGCUGAUUAAUCUGCAUAUGACGGCCAAUCCACCACCUAACAUCAUCCCGAUCCUCACGUUAGUACAACUGAAGAUGAAUCUGCUGAAGGCGCAGGUUGAAGGACUUAUCAAUCAGAAGAUAAUGGAGAUUCAAGGGGUUGGAGUGGAGGUGACGACCGAUCUCAUAGAUCCGACAGUCCUCGCUCUCAAAUCUGACGCUGAACUGCGAGACUUCCUAUCGGCGUUACGCCAGAAAGAGUGCGAUGAGCGAGUAAAUGUAAACUUUGCACUGUAUCGAUCGCAACGUGCGAUCGCGGAGACUCGGUUGAGCAACAUUCAGAAUAAGAUCCGUCAAGUGGAGGCAGAAUUUGAUCGCAGACGAUGCGCGAUGCUGCCGGCGCCGACGUUGUCGUCACGCGUCGUACAACAAUUCUCCAGGCCGUGUUAUUCAGCGAGAUUCGAGGCUCCCAAGAGAUUGUACAGUACGGUACCGCCAGACGUUCGUUCGCUGGACCCGUUCACCUAUGUAAAACUGCGAAGUCUCAAGAAGCUGCAGCUGAAGCCAUGCACGGGUAAGCUGGAGACUGUUCCAGCAGCUGGCACGCGUGGCAAUCCUUCCAGAAACCCGGACGACGCUGGCGGUGCUGAUCACGCGAAGGAACAUCUCGCGACUUCCGAACAGCAAUGUUACAGCACGGAGAAUUGCGCGUGUUGCGAGAGGACGACGUCGGAGGAGAGCAUUGGAGAGGAUAAAAAAAAACUUCGACCGAAGAUUAUCGAAAUAGACGCGACGACAGUCAAUAAUGUUGAAGAAUUAGAAUACCAGCCAUUGUGUUUGAUAAAGUCAAUGUCGAACGUCUGCGUGAAGAUAGAGGAAUACGAAGAAAAUGCGCGAAAAUAUAGAGAAAGAAACGAAAUUCCAUGCAGCACACAAUGUUGGACGGCCAAGGCAUAUAUCAACGUCGCCGACGACGAAUCGAUGAAGACUUUAACAGAAGAGACUUUAACAUCUGAGAGUGAUACGGUUGCGCUCAGCGAGAAGAUCAAUGUCGAGGACGCUUGCGAAGCGCGAAAUGUGGUUGAGAGCGUGAUUCAGAGCUGCGAACAGACAAUAACAAAUGUACAGCAAUUUAAAAAACAAGCAGAAGAUAAAAUCGUAAUUCCGAGAAAGAGAGAUGAAAUUAUUAAAAUAAGCGACGAGAUUAAAAGUUUACGUGAAAUCCUGCCGCAGGAAGAUCAAGAAGAGGUGACAGCGAAAGUUAUAAAUGAAAAACCAAUUUCAAAUGUGCAGGAAACGGAACCAAAAUCAUCAGGCAUACGCGCUUCACUACUAAAAAUUAUAUUAAAAUCGAAAGAAGAAGGACACAAGAAUAAACAGGAAGAUAAAACUGGCGAAAUCUUGCCAUCAACUACGGGUGCCGUGAUAGAACAAAGCACAAAUCAAGUACCAAUGAACAAAGCCAAGAAGAAAAUAAAAUUUCACAUUGUUUCAUUGAUGACAAAUAUCGAAUACGAUAAAAGCCUUAUUGAAUAUGAAAAAAAGCAAAAAAUCGAGAAGGAAAUAGCAAUGAAUGAAAGAGAGAUAAAUGUAAUCAUCGAUCCGGAUAUUGAAAAAUUAAGUAAUCACAGGUCGAUAGAAAAUCUUCUAAAAAGUGCCGUCGCGCACAAUAUUAUUGCUGAAAGAGAUCACUCGGAGAACAUAUUUUUAAAGAAAAUGGAUUUUCCAAAGCUCUGCUUUGAUCACCAAUGCCAAGCGACAUUUAAAGAAGAUAAAACUACAACUGCUCCAUUGUUAAAGGCAAAUAUAUUUCCCCCAUUCACAAAUCUGUAUAAACAUGUAACAGAUAAUGAGAAAAACGGAGACAACGGAACUUAUUCAAAUCCGAUAACGAAAGCAGGAAUUACGACUACAAAACGUUUAUCCCGCUGUAACGAUGUCACAGGAAGUACCUUAGAAACUCUUUGCGCGAAUAAUAUGCCUUAUCAUUCCGAUGUGGAACGCGAAGGAAGUUUAAUUUCGCAACCAUUUUUUAUCAUUGGCAACCACAUGAUCGCAUUUAUCAAUAAAAUAAUUAAAAUAAUGACCGGAAGAUUAUUGUACGUGAUUCGUAGCGCGAUAUUCCGUGAAAGUAAUGUUCUUAGAAGAGACGUUCCGACAGACAAUUAUACCAUAUUGACUUCGAAAGAUUCUGAUUCAUUCGCUAGUAUCUCGCAUUAUUCUUCUAGUUUGAAUUAUAAAACUUUUAAAAUUAGUAAAUAUGAUUUUCACGAUAUCAACUUAUUACGGAAAGAAGAAUUUAAUGGAUUACAUAAAAUAAAACAUUCUAUAAUUGAAGACAAAAAAAACGACAGAAGAUAUUUAUUGAUCGGUACAUCAAGUCACAAUUGUGACUUGAUACUAACGCGUGAUUUAGGUCGACCUUACAAAGUACAGAGAAGUCUCUUGAUACGUAGUCGAUUGAAAAAUUCUCUAAAUUCACAGGAUUAUCCACAUCCUUUUUCUCUUUUGAAACGUACAGAGGAAAAUGUACUUCCUCGUCAAGCGAAACGAAACGAGAACAUAGGAAUGAUCAAAGAAAACGAAAAACAUCGAGUGAAGAGUAGUGAAAAAUUCUGGACAUUAUCAGAAAUUGUAGAAAUAAACAAAACUGAUGGAAAAUUAUUAGACAUGAGAAAAUAUAAAUCCGAAGAACAAAUUUUAAACAAAUAUUUAUACGAUAUUAAAAAUAAUGUAUCUACCGUACAAAAACAUACAAUCGUUGAUAAUACAAUCAGCAAUGAACUCGUAAUAAACGUUCAUAAUUAUCUCGAAUUGAAACUGAAAUAAAUAAGAAUAUAUGUGUAUACG